AUGAUAGCGAUGAGCAACAAUGAUGCCUCUCAUUUCUCUUUCAACCCUGUUGCCUUCUUCUUCCUAGUAACCGGAACUCCGUAUCCAAUACAUUUUUUGACUUCAAGCAAAGCCAUGCACUGUUCUCAAUUCUUUAGCCUCGUAGCUACAGCUACUGUGGCAGGGGCACUCCUGCUUCAGGUUGAUACCGGAAGUCCUGGCCAUGAGUUAAGCCCUUUGCUCCACGGUCUUAUGUUUGAGGACAUCAGCAACAGCGGCGACGGAGGCCUCUAUUCACAGCAACUAAGAAAUAACGCAUUUCAAGGCGGUGUGACUACCGUCGACCCCUGGACAGUUCAUUAUGGCGCGGCGGAAAUUUCCCAUGAUACCCACACACCACUGACCGACGCCAUCACUUCAUCCCUCAAAAUUACAAUCCCCACCGGCGCUGAUGGAUUUACUGGCGUUGCGAACCCUGGCUACAGAGGCAUCAUCGUGAACGGCGGGUACUACAAUACCACUUUCUGGCUUCGUGGUGAUUUUCAGGGCGAUGUCAAGAUCCGCCUUCUAAGCAAUGAGACUGAUGUCGAACAUGGCUGGGCUAUCAUUCCCGUCGACUCCAAGGCCGAUUCAUGGACGCGAUAUGAAGCCGGAUUCUGGACGACAGCCGCCGCCGAUGGGAACAAUCUCUGGGUUUUCGAGAUCUUGGCGGAGACUCUGACUAGCGGAAGUAUCAAUCUUGGUUACCCGACCUUGUUUCCUCCUACUUUCAAAGGUAGAGAAAACGGCUUGACAAUCGAUCUGUCCGAAGCCAUCGUAAAUCUCAAACCCCAGUUUCUGAGAUUUCCUGGGGGUAAUAACCUUGAGGGAGGCGGCCCGCAUGACCGCUGGAAAUGGAAUGAAACAAUAGGUUCUCUUGAAUCUCGACCAGGACGCUGGGGGACUUGGGGAUAUGUCAACACUGACGGCCUUGGCCUCAUGGAAUACUUCCAGUGGUGUGAGGAUAUGUUCUUGGAGCCUAUCCUGGACGUAUGGGCUGGUCUCGGACUUGCGGGACUCCCACCAUUAGUAGGAGAUGAGCUUGAGCCGUAUGUUGAGGACGCAAUCCGUGAGAUUGAGUUCGUCAUUGGUGACAUCGACACGUCUGGCGGGGCACUUCGCGCGUCUCUCGGACACCCAGAGCCGUACCAGCUCAGCUUCGUCGAGGUUGGGAACGAAGAUAACCUCGCCGGCGGCUGUGAGUCUUACAAGCAGCGCUUUGUGCAAUUUUUCGAUGCCAUCAAAGAAGCAUAUCCGCAGAUAACUGUCCUUACCUCCACGUCUGACCGAGCCUGUCUGCCGGACCCAAUUCCCGAAGGCGCAUGGCUUGACUUCCACGACUACAAUGUGCCGGAGAAUUACAUCAACGCAUAUGACUUUUAUGACGACUGGGAUCGCGCUCAUCCUGUGUUUAUCGGUGAAUAUGCCAGGUGGGGCGUCAAAUGGUCCGAUAUGCGAGGUGCCUGCUCCGAAGCAGUCUAUAUGAUGGGUUGGGAGCGUAACGCAGAUGUGAUCAAACUAGCUGCCUACGCACCUACACUACAGAAUUACGACCCUGUCAACGGCCAAUGGACGCCCAACCUAAUUCCCUUUACUAACAAACCCGAUGGCAUCGUUUAUACUCCAUCUUAUCACGUCAAAAGGAUGUUCGCUAAUAAUCAUGGCGAUGUUGUUGUCCCCGUUACAGCUGAUGCAGAGCUCAACCCUGGUGAGUUCAGUUCGCUCACUACUCUCAAGCCUUUGAUAGGAACUGACCGCGAAAUUCUUGUUUCACUAGUCUGGUGGGCAGCAAGCAUGAAAGGAGAGGGCCAAGUAAUCGUAAAACUCGCCAACUAUGCUUCCAACUCGACCGAGAUUCGCAUACAAAUCCCUGGAAAGGCAGACGUUCAAGGAUCAUUUACCUCAAUCACUGCCAGCCCUGAUAAUGCUAACUCAGUCGAAAACCCCACGCUCGUUUCCGCGCCCGCUGUGCUGGAAGUUUCUGCAGACCCUCACGGUGUUUUUACCAUUGAACUAGGGCAGUUUGGCGUUGGUGUACUCGCAGCCUGA